CUUCUGAAGACGAUCUUAUAUCAUUUGAUAAAAACCAGCCAACACACCAGCUGAGAGAGACAAACGUGCUGGCAGUCAACCUUUUAACUGAUGAUAUUUCAAAUAUAGAAGCUAAACCAAAUAGUGAACCAAGUGAUUCAGAAUAUGAUACUGCUGAAGAAGAACCAGAUAUUCAUUUCGAAAAAAUCAAGGAUCUAUACAUCAAUAGAAUAGCAGAAGCCAGAAAAUUUAAUGAAGAAAAAAUUGCAGAUAUUUAUAAAAAAGAGUUAGCAUUAAAAGAAAAAGGAUAUAACGAAAUUAUAGAUCAAAUAGAAGACGAGGCAUUACAAGAAUCUGGAUGGUUAUUUGCCCGAGCAGAAGAGGUAUUUCUUGAAAUAAGCGCAUUCAGACUAUUGCAAGGUAGUAGUUAUCUACCUUUACCAGAAGCUUUAGAUAAGCCACAACUAGGAAUAAUUAAUCCACAAAAUAGGGAUGAUAAUGAGUAUUUUAAAUGGUGUAUAAGUGCAUAUCACACAAGAGAGGAAGCAAUAAAAGCUAAUAGAAAGCCACUACAUCUUAAUGAAAUCUGGAGACUUAGACGAAAUGCAAAUAUGGCAAAUUUUGAAGGUAUAAAAUUUCCAGCAACACUCCAUGAUAUAGAUAAAUUUAAAGAAAGCAAUCCUAAUUAUACUAUCAAUAUAUUUAAACUAUUUUAUAGAGAAGCUUUCAGAAAAAUAAAAGUAGAUAUAGAUCCAUUACAUAUUUCAAAACGUAAUUAUCAAGUAGAGUAUAUGAUCGAUUUAUUAUAUUUAAUAGGUGAAGAGAGUUUAAAUGAUCGAAAAAAUCAAAAUGAUAUACCAGAAGGCUUAAAAACACAUUAU